AUGGAGCCAUUACACCGCCCCCUGCUGGGAGACCCCCGCAGCAGCAGCAGGGGCCCUCAGCAGGGGGUCCGAGGGGGGGGCAGGGGGCCAGUCUGGGGCCAGUCUCCCCCAGAGCAGAGGCAGGUGUCUGGACACAGCUCACUUCUCAGCUCCGCGGGGGGCAAGGCCUGCUGGGACCUGAGAGAGAGGAGCAAUAAUGGGAUGAACCACCAGCGGAGAGAGAAAGAGGCUUUUCCACAGGAAUCUCUCUUCAGGGGAGGGGGGGAGGACUGUGGGGGAGAGAGGACUGUGGGGGAGGGAGGACCAUGGGGGAGAGAGGACUCUGCGGUCGGACAGGAGCUCCGGCUGUUCUGA